AUAAAAAAAAAGAAGAAAAUACAAGCAAGCCGACAUAAAAAUAAAGUAAAAUUUAUUCAUACUUCAACGAGUGCGCAUACGAAUGAAUGUGAAUGUGAAUCUGAAUGAAUAAAGAUUUGAAUAUGUGCGUAUUGACCGGUCGUAAAAGCCGUUGUAGCUAAACAAUAAAUAUGAAAAUACCGAAAAAUGCAAAUCGCCAAAAUCUGAGGGUGGCUCAAUAAAAUCAACCAUAAAGAAGAACAUUUAAACGACGACAACAACAACAACAGCAGCAGCUACAACAGACGCUGCAGCCUGAUAAGCUGCAAAGGAGCUAUCGACAACAACAACAAAUAGCAGCAAUAGGAAUAGCAUUAGCAAUAACAGCAACGACUCUGGCCGGUGGCAAUGGCCAAGCGGGAGGCAAUGCCCGCACAGCAUCUGCAGCGGCAGCGGCAGCGACGGCAACACCAACUCCAAACACACACUCAACAGCAACAGCAAACUGAAUCGAGCAAAUGCUGGCACGUGCUGCGCUGCAGAAGAUUCAGCUUCAGCUACAGCUACAACAGCAGCAGCAGCAGCAGCUCCUGGAGCUGUGGCUGCCGCAGAGUUGCCUGGCUGUUGGCUGUUGUAUGCUUGCUGACGCGGCCCGUCAUGCCGGAAGUUAUUUAUCGAGUUGAUCCUUUGGCUCUGCUGGCGGCCACCUUGCGGACAUACCAGCGCGCCGGAUGCGAUUCGGAGCAGCUGUCACUCAGCUGUCCACGCGGCACUAGCAUUUCCAUAGAGCUCGCCCAAUAUGGACGAGCGGGCGAUUUAUCCGACCACAGCUUGUGUCCGCCCGUCUCGCAAGAGGACCUCACCACGACCGGAAGCGCUGGCGAUGCUGUCAUACACAGCGGCACCGAAAUCGAAGUCAAACCGCCGGAAACGUGUACCGUAAGCGGAUUACAGUACGCCCUGCUACAAACCGUGGUGGAUGCCUGCCAAAAGAAGCGCCACUGCAAAUUUGCUGCGAACUCGAAAACCCACACAAGUGGAGAUCCCUGCUCGGGCAUACGUAAAUUCGUGGAGAUUGCCUACAAAUGCCGUCCAUACGAAUUCCGCAGCAAGUUGGCCUGCGAAAAUGACAACAUGCCAUUAAUGUGCAAUCCAUACUCCCGCAUUGCCAUCUACAGUGCGACAUUUGGUCACACGGAGCGCGAGAGUGUACAGUGCGGUGGCCAGGGGGCUGGGGCGACGACGACGAUCAACCGGGAGGACAACAGCAAGCCCACCUGCCUGGUUUCAUAUGCCACCGAGACCGUUAUGCAAAUCUGUCAUGGACGUCGCCGCUGCUCGGUCACAGCCGAUGCUGGCACCUUUGGUCGUCCGUGCAAAACCGACGUGCGCAUGUAUCUGAAGGUCGUUUAUACAUGCAUACCACGCAAGGUGCUUAAGGAUCGUUAUGAGACAGCGCCCGAGGCGGACGAACCGCAGCAAACGGACCUAGACUUGGAUCAGGACGAACUGUACGAUGAGGACCAGUUCUACAAAGAGUCAGAGGCCAUACCGCCGGCUCCCAAGUUACAGGGCGCCAAUGUGGGCCGCAGCUUUGACUUUGAUGUGCAUGGAGCAGCCGCUGAGGAUGGCAUAGUAACGAGCACGCUACUGCCGCCGCUGCUGUCACGCGAUGAUGGCGCGCUGGAAGCCAGCUGUGCGCUACUUUGUGUGUCUUGCGCUCUGGCACUUGAAGGCAGCAUAUAUGCUAUUCGCCUUGCGCCUGGCGCUUGGUGCCUGGCGCUUGGUGCCUGGCGCUUGGCUUGGCGCCUUGUGCCUUGUAACUUGUGCAUUAUCUAUAGCAAGAGAAAAUGUAACGUCGAAGCGUGUUUGUCGUCAUCGCUUCGCUUGUCUUUGAUGGAUGAGUGUGGGGAGUGUACAGAGCAAUGUACAGAGUACACCAAUUGGCAAUCUUUCGCAGCGAGACUACAGUCAUCCGUACGCUUACUAAACCGCAUAAAGGAGUCAUUCAACCAGCAAUCGUUGGCUGAAGUGGUCGCCAAUGAACACAUUAUCACAACGAGCGUUGAGCCGCGCAGCGAUGCUGCCAAUAUGGAUAAUGAGGAUAAGGCACUAGACUCCUCAAACGAGACAACGACAGCAGAGCAAGAGCCGGAGCUGCAGACAGAGCAAGCGGCAACCGAUGGGAAUUUUUUCUAUCGUCGCAAGUGCCAGAUGGUCGAUGAUUGGGGGCCCAUUGGGCUCAACUGCACUGAAGAAGACAUCGUCACCGAACGUGUCGAAGUGGUUGGUUUCUUGGCAAAUUGGCUGCACACCUAUCUGCACAUUCGAAAGCAUCAGGAGCAGUUCUAUCUGUAUCUAAUCAUAUCGGUGACAGCUGGCGUGUUAUUAUGCCUGACGCUUGUCAUUGGUCGCCUGACGCUGCAGAAACGUGGCGGACGUAAGAAGCGCAGCUCAAGUGGCAAUAGUGGCGCUGGCAAAGGCUUUGCUGAGGCGCAAAUUGACAGCACCGAGAGUGGAGGAGCUGGAGCUGGUGUUGCUGCUGGGCUGGCAACAGGUGAAACACAUUUGCCCGACUCCUUUGCUGAUGACAUCUCUGACAUUGAUGUCGACGUUGACUUAACCACCCCCGUGCCAUUAUCCAGUCUUUCAGCUCGAAAUGAGCAGACCUACAUGACAUAUGCGCCAACGCCAAACUGUAACUACAGCACACAGCAGCAGCAGCAGCAGCAACAUACACAUAUGCAACACCCACAGCAAGGCAUGGCGAUGGGCCACCCGCAUCCACAUGGCUCCUCUUCGCAAGCAACCAGCGUACUGAUGGCGCCGCCACCCAGCAACAUCUAUAGCAGCAUGGCAGGCAUGGGCGGCCAUCCAGCACAUGCACAUGCACAUCAUCCAGCAGUCAGUGGAGCCAUGACAAUUGGUCCGCAUCAUAUGCAGGGCGCCUAUAGCUUGAGUGGCGUCACACCCACUUAUAUAAGCGGCACCAUAAUGGUGCCUGGUCAUCAGCAUACACACGCGGGCACUUUGCGCCGCACACUAAUACCAACUAGCAUGGGCCUGAUGAGCUCACCCUCGCCGCCGCCGGCCACAGCGCUUGGCUUGCCGCCACAUUCGCUUGCCUCGUCAAGCGGCAGCGGCGGCGGCAAUAGCAUUUACUAUGACAGCACUGUGCCGCGCACCUUGGCACGCGGUCUAUCAACGGAGAGCAGUGCACAAUAUUUUUAUGGAUGACAUUCGCUAAACCGCAAG